AAAAGUCCUUUUUCACGGAAGAUCAAACGAGGCUGUCUAUCCAACCCUGUUUGCUGUUGGUUGUCCAAGCCCGUGCGUGCCCCAGACUCUGUCCACCAUGAUCCAUAGUCGGAGAUCCUUCCGGCAGUACACGGACUGAUCAGAUAGUGUCAACCCGUUUACCUCGCUGGUAGCCCAGGAGUUUCACAGUUCCCUUUUGCCUUUCCGAACGAACGAACCUACACACACGAAGCAAACGCUCUUACAGCUAAUCAUUGUCAACCUUGGGCACUCGAGAGUACACUUUCAAACACAUACAUACACACACGUAUCUACAUACAUCUUUAGAGAUCACGAAGUUCCUUGCGUCGUGUAUUACGCAACACCAACAUGGGUCAAUCCAGUUCGCAUCCCGCACAAAAGUCUCCUUCGGCAGCCUUCGGGCGACUCCGGAUUGAUUCACCCCGUCCGGGUCGUCCCUCGCACCGUGGAAGUACCCUGAAUACGGGCCGUACCGCAUCACUCCAAGGUAUGCCCGCCGCGUGGGAACGAUCGCCGUUGCUGGGACGAGAACUGGCGUCUGUACCCUCCGACGUGUCCUCCGCUAACGGAUCGCCACCGUUGGCACUCUGGAUUGGACCGGCGCUCGUGUGUGCCUUGGCCUACGCACUCUACAACAUCUUUAUCAAGAAAGGCUCGGCGUCAAUUCAUCCCGUCCUCGGCGGUGUCAUUUUACAGUUCGUCGCGGCCUUGUUGGGAAUCCUCCUACUGUCGGUCCUCGUGUGGCGAGACGGUGGUACGGAAGACCUCCAGUACGAUCUACCCGGCGUUCAAUGGGCCAUUUGUGCAGGUGUGGCCGUGGGAUCGGCCGAGAUUUUGUCCUUUAUCGUUUCCGGUAUGGGUGUACAAGCCAUGCAGAGUAUACCUAUUAUUAUUGGUGGGUCGGUCUUGUUCGGGACCGUUUUGGGUUAUUCCGUUCUGCAGGAAAUGCUGACCUACCGCGGAUGGUUGGGUGUUGUGUUGAUUGCGGCAGGGAUUGCUCUAGUGGGGACCGACCCGGGGGGUGCGGGAAGUGUGCAUUGAGUGUGAGUGAGUGUGAACGGUUUUAAUAGGGAGGACCGAUUGACAAAUGUCGAGCUUGUGUGUUCCCAAU